UUGCUGUCUUCCUUCAGUUUUAUUUGACCCUGUGUUUCACCUCAGCAGCUUCUCUGGAGCCGCUGCAGUUGGCGACAGUUCAAUCCCCAAAAGUCUGCGUGGUCCACAGAGUAGACCGCCUUGGUUCUGACUACAGCUUUGGAGCAGCGGGCGCUCAGAGACCGCAUGCUCAAUCGACAGGCUCUGGAUGGUUAAAUCAAUCUAAAAGCCCAGACGACAGAAUCUCCUGCAGACAGAUCCAGAUCAAUAGUCCGGAUGAGGCCAGCGGCAGCCUGGAUGUCUCUCGUGAUCAUCAGUACCCUGGAUGGACGGAUCUCGGCUCUGGAUCCUCACAACCAGGGCAGGAAGCAGUGGGACCUGGACGUUGGCUCAGGGAGUUUGGUGUCCUCCAGCCUCAGCAAGCCUGAGGUGUUUGGCAAUAAGAUGGUCAUUCCCUCUCUGGACGGUGCCUUGUUCCAGUGGAACCGGGACAGGGAGAGUAUGGAGGCAGUGCCUUUCAGCGUCGAAUCCCUGCUGGAGUCCUCGUACCGCAUCGGAGAGGACACCGUCCUGGUCGGCGGCAAAUCACUCACUACUUAUGGCCUGGGGGCUUACAGCGGCAAGCUUCGUUACAUUUGCUCUGCGGGGGGCUGCAAUCGAUGGGGUGAGGAUGAGGGGGAGGCUGAAGAUGUGCUCCUGCUUCAGAGGACCCAGAAGACCGUGCGUGCUGUCAGGCCUCGAUCAGGAACAGAGAAGUGGAACUUCAGUGUCGGAAACUUUGAGCUGAAACUUCUUCCGGAGAUCCAAUCUGGAAUGAACUUCUUGGAGGGAGAAAUGACAAACGAGGACCCCUGGAACGACAACCAGAGGGUCAUCACAGAUGAACCAAAGGACAGGGAGAAAAGGGAGGACAAACAGAACCAAAACCAGCACUCGGACCUCGUCAUCAAAGUGUCUGUUCCAGAUUGGAAAGUCAUGGCCUUCACAGAGCCCAACGAGCAGCUGGUCUGGGAGCAUCAGUUUUGCACGCCCAUCGCCUCCGCCUGGCUGGUGGGUGGAGGGAAAGUUACUCCAAUCAGCCUGUUUGAUGACACGGGCUACAGGAGCCAGUCUGAAACCGAAGACGAGGACGACGAAGAUCCAAGCAAGAGCCGGGGUUCCGCAGAGUCGAGCGUCUACCUUGGGAUGUUCCAGGGACAACUUUACCUUCAGUCAUCAGUAAGAAUCACUGAAAAGUUUUCUGCCAAAGCCAUCGGGUCAGAGAAAGACAACAUAAUCCACGUACCCGUCGUUAAAUGGAAGCCUCUAAUACAUUCUCCGUCCCGGACUCCAGCUCUGGUCGGUUCUGACGAAUUUGACAAGUGUCUGAGUAACGACAAGUACUCCCACGACGAAUACAGCAACGGAGCCCUGUCCGUUCUUCAGUACCCAUACGACAACGGGUACUUCUUCCCCUACAGCAAAGGCUACCGGGAGAAACGCGACAGCGCCAUCAGCCUGAUUGGAGGGAACGAGGCCGCCUCGGAGAACCGCAGGAGAAAAGACCCGGUGCUGCUGCUGCCCUGGUGGAAGGAGAUCCUCGGCACCAUCAUCUUCUGCAUCGCCACCACCACCUACAUCGUCCGCAAGUUCUUUCACCCUCCCGCCCCCGUGGCCUACGUGAGGCAACGGAAAGAGUCAGAGACUCAGUGCCAGACGGACUGUAAGUUCGACCUUGAAGUUGUGGAGUCCAGAGAGGCGGUUUCCAUGGAGAUCCGCUCCAGUGAAUAUGUGUCCAGGUACCUGACAGACUUUGAGCCGAUGCAGUGCCUCGGCCGGGGGGGAUUCGGCGUUGUGUUUGAGGCACGCAACAAAGUGGACGACUGCAACUACGCCAUCAAAAGAAUCCGGCUGCCCAACAGGGAGCUGGCCCGGGAGAAGGUGAUGCGAGAGGUGAAGGCGUUGGCCAAGCUGGAGCACCCGGGGAUUAUCCGCUACUUCAACGCCUGGCAGGAGAGCCCCCCCGAGGGCUGGCAGGAGGAGAUGGACCAGAGGUGGCUGAGAGACUCCAGUGCUACCGACUGGCCAAUGAGCUUUGUUGACCACAUGGAGGCGCUGUCAGUCAAAGUGCCCGUGUCCAGCUCUGUGUGCCCCUGCGGGCCUGACGGCGACUUUCUGGGGGCCUCUGUUGUGGAGCGCGCCCUUCUGUCCAGCAGCACCGUGGGCUUUGACAGCGGAGAGCCGUCCUUUCAGCCUCUGCUCGGCCACGACAGCCUGAUGUCUGAGAGGGACAGCCAGGCCGACGCCUCGGACACGCCCCACUCCUUCGAGCUCUGCCCCCCGCGCGGACCCAGCGACUGCACCUCCUCCUCCUUCGAUAUCGUGUUCGAGGACUCUGGCUGCGACCGAGACGCAGACGCAGACACGCAGUCGGACUGCAGCGCGGCCAGCCCCAACCCGGAGACGGACAGGAACAGUUCGUCUUCCUCUCAUACCAGACAAGCCCAGUCUGGCCCCGCCUCCUCCUCAACUCCUGCCAGGCCAACGUCUCUUACCCUGGCUCUUCCUUCAGCUCCUCCAAGCCAGCGAGUCCAGCCUUCACCUAAGGUGUACCUGUACAUCCAGAUGCAGCUGUGCCGGAAGGAGAACCUGAAGGACUGGAUGGCUCAGCGCUGCCUGCCUGAACAAAGAGAGCACAACCAGUGUCUGGACAUCUUCCUGCAGAUCGCUGAGGCCGUUGACUUCCUGCACAGCAAGGGGCUCAUGCACAGGGACCUCAAGCCCUCCAACAUCUUCUUCACCAUGGACGACGUGGUCAAAGUGGGGGACUUCGGCCUGGUGACGGCGAUGGACCAGGAGGAGGAUGAGGACGAGCCCAGCACUCUGACGCCGGCCCCGCUUCUGACCCGGCACACGGGCCAGGUGGGCACCAAGCUUUACAUGAGCCCGGAGCAGCUCUCCGGAAACUCCUACUCCCAUAAGGUGGACAUCUACUCGCUGGGUCUGAUCCUGUUCGAGCUGCUGUAUCCCUUCAGGACGCAGAUGGAGAGAGUGAGGACCCUCACGGAGGUGAGAGUGCUGCGCUUCCCAGAGGUCUUCUCCAGAAACAACAGUCAGGAGCUGGGCAUGGUCCGCAGCAUGCUCUCCCUGAGCCCCAGCGAACGCCCAGAGGCGGCCGACAUCACAGGAACGCCCCUCUUCCAGGAGCUGGAGCUGCCUUGCCGGCUGGCUGUGAGGCAGCGCUCCCGCACCUACAGCUCAUCUUCAAUGGGCCGGCCCUCACGCCAAACCUCCGCCACCUGAAACACGUGACUGCGGUGACCCUCGGUGACCCCUCUGUUGGGAGGCCGGGUCCUCCUGAAACACAAAGCCGCAGAAAUCCGCAUCGCUUUUUCAGGAGAUCCUGCACAGUUUGGGGUUUUUGUGUUUCGUUAGUUUCAGUUCAGACUGUCCCACAGAAGGCAGGCAUGUGUUCAUGACCACAACCGCCAACCGCCGAUGGGUGUAGAUACUUCAGCUGUGGAUGAUAAACACGUCUGCAUCAUGGCGGCUGAUCUCCAACUGAAACCUCAGUCUUGGGCUCCUCCAAACCUGCUGGAACGCCUUCUGGGUCGGUCAGUGUUCGCUCACCUUCACCUCGCCCCACACCUGCAGGACGACUCUCCACAGGGGACCUUUGACGCCCACCAUCCUCCCGAUUCCAGGGACCUGCUGUCCACAUCCUCUACAUGCCUGACCCGAAAGACCAAAAAAGGACCUUUGCCCUCUCUCUUUUUUUUAAAGAGUUAGUAACGUAUUUCCUAGAGAGAAGCUUUCCAUCCAGGCCAAUCACCUUGAGGGCGGGGCCAGUGACCCCUCAGAGGGAAUGCUGGGCAUUUGACUGGUGUCUCUAUGGGGAAGUGUGGUGCUGAAUGUGAGCUGAUGGGUUUUUCUCAGAGGGACAAUCAUUUUCUAACUGUACAUAUUCUCUGGGGGGGAACCUCGUUUCUCUCCGUUGUUUUUUUUUGGAUCUUGUACAGACAGUUCGACUUGUUAAAGGCUUUUUUUUAAUGAAGAAACUGUAAGAUAGUGUGAUAUACUGUGACACGGGAGGCGAAGAGGGGACAACCUCUGCCGUUAACGGAAAGCUGAAUGUCAUGGUGGGACCUCCAGACACACGGUGGCGGUCACCUCUAACAAAUUGUUCAUUGUUUUUUUUUGUUUUGUUUUUUCUCAUUUUGCUCUUUAGUGGACCCGACCGGAGGGUUUGGGUCUGAACAGCUGGGGGGGGGGCUGCUGCAGGUACCAGAGUGCCAUUUGAAAGUCAGUGAAGUGUACUUUUCUGUAACCGAUAACUCGCCUCGUUAUCCGUCUUGACCCGACCCCAUCCCGCUGGUGGAAACACGGCACACCGGGGCAGAAAGCGCCGGGUCGACCCUAUGCACUGCGGGGGGGGCCUGGACCUGAUCACAUGAUCCUCUUCUGAAGUGCUGGGAGAGUCACAUGACUUGUUAGGAACUACACACACACAAACUCUUAUUUUGUAGAAGUCCUCUCAAAGACUGUACUUUUCCAAAAAGGAAAACCUUCAUUUUUUUAACACAAAGUGCAGUUUUUUUAGAAUUCUGCUGUGUUUUUAGACGACUGCAGAGCCGACUGAUGAUGCUCCUUCAUCCGCCCUGAAGAGCGCCGUCCUCGCUGGUUUAACGGGCUCUCCUCCCGCCGCCGUGAACUGCAGAGGUUAUCAUGAAGCUUCCAGAGCUGAAAGGCGAAAACGCUCUUCUUCAUCAAACCCUUUUUGGACAAACCUUUUGUACAAUUUUUUUCUACUUCUUAGUCUUGGUCAAAGAGUUUAAUGUUGGUUUGAGGAAACAUUUUCAUCCAGUAGGUGGUCUGGAGUUACUGAGAAGGUGAGCUUCGAUGAUGAGGAGUCCAACUUUCCCAGCAGAACACCCACCUGCUCCUCUUCAUCGUGUUGAUGAAGUGGUGUCCUCGAGCCCCGCCUCCCAUCACACUGUCCAUAGUGAAUUUGUAAAUAUGUCAGUUUGCUUUAUUUAUGUUUUGAUGCUGCGAUCAAUCCUCGCUGGGUUGGAGUUGUAAUGAAUGUGCUUCCCGGAGCGCGUUGGAGUAUGACGACUUCUUAAAAGUCUAAGUUUAAUAAACUCUUCUAUUCCAUUCGUA